UUUCCUUCCUUCUAUCCUACCCGAGUCCCGUCUCCCCCGCUGCCGCCGCCGGCGUGCUCCGACGAUGGGGGCGAUCACCUCGGCGGAGCUCAACUUCCUCGUCUUCCGCUACCUCCAGGAGUCCGGUUUUGUUCAUGCCGCGUUUACUUUAGGGUAUGAAGCAGGGCUUCAUAAAGGUGGGAUAGAUGGAAAUGUUGUUCCCCCUGGUGCUCUUAUCACUGUCGUGCAGAAAGGCCUCCAGUACAUAGAAUUAGAAGCAAAUACUGAUGAAAAUGAUGAAGAAGCUGAGAAGGAUUUUGCCCUUCUGGAACCUCUUGAAAUCAUCACAAAAGAUGUUGAAGAGUUGCAACGGAUUGUGAAGAGGAAAAAAAGGGAGAGGCUUCAGAUUGACCUUGACAAGGACAAGGGAAAGGAGAAAGAAUGCAUGAUCGAGGAACAUGAACAUCGUCUUGCAGGUGAACGGGAGAGAGAGCGCCACGGCAAAGAAAAAGACAAAGAGAGGGAAAAAGACAGAACCGAAAGAGACAGGGUGGAAGAGAAGGAGAAGGAAAGGGAAAAACAGAACACAGAGCGCAUUGAUAAGUUUAAGCCUGAAGAGGAUUCCCUUGCCAGUGCAGGUCCUACACCAAUGGAUGUAACUACAACUCCUCAGGAAAUUCUUAGUGCGGAUGUAACCGUCUUGGAAGGACACAGUUCGGAGGUGUUUGCUUGUGCAUGGAGCCCAACCGGCUCCCUUCUAGCUUCUGGCUCAGGAGACUCAACUGCUAGAAUUUGGACAAUUCCUGAUGGUCCAUGUGGUUCCAUUCAACCAUCUCCUGCAAGUGUUCAUGUUCUAAAAAAUUUCAAGGGCAGGACUAACGAGAAGAGCAAGGAUGUCACCACGCUUGACUGGAAUGGGGAAGGAACACUGCUAGCCACGGGCUCCUAUGAUGGGCAGGCAAGAAUAUGGAGUAGAGAUGGGGAGUUGAAGCAGACUUUGUCCAGACACAAGGGACCUAUAUUUUCUCUGAAAUGGAAUAGGAAAGGCGAUUGUCUCCUAAGCGGCAGUGUGGACAAAACUGCUAUUGUGUGGGAUACAAAGACAUGGGAGUGCAAGCAGCAAUAUGAAUUUCAUUCAGCUCCAACACUAGAUGUCGAUUGGCGAAACAAUAGCUCUUUUGCAACAUGCUCAAAUGACAACAUGAUCUACUUUUGCAAGAUUGGGGAUCCACGCCCAGUUAAAACAUUCAGCGGCCACCAGAAAGAAGUUAAUGCUAUCAAGUGGGAUCCAACUGGUUCUUUGUUGGCAUCUUGUUCUGAUGAUUGUACUGCAAAGAUAUGGAGUGUGAAGCAGGACAAAUGUGUGUAUGAUUUUAAGGAGCAUAGUAAGGAGGUAUACACCAUUAGAUGGAGCCCAACAGGUCCAGGAACAAGCAAUCCCAAUCAACAGCUGCUUUUGGCGAGCGCGUCGUUUGACUCGACUAUCAAGCUAUGGGAUGUUGAGCAAGGACACCUUCUGUACAGCUUGGCUGGCCACGUGCAGCCAGUUUAUUCUGUGGCAUUUAGCCCUAAUGGCGAGUACCUGGCCAGUGGGUCCCUGGACCAAAGCCUGCAUAUAUGGUCCGUCAAAGAAGGCAGGAUCGUGAAGACCUUUAGAGGGAGCGGUGGCAUUUUUGAAGUGUGUUGGAACAAGGAAGGCAGCAAGUUAGCAGCCUGCUUCUCCAACAACACCGUCUGUGUCAUGGAUUUCAGGAUGUAGCUUCACUGGAAGCUAAAGUAGGAAAGGCAUGAUAAGCAUUGAUUUCAGAAUGCAGUUUCACUGAAAUGUAUUAAGCUGCAAAGCUAGAAUGUCUGUUCUUUCCAUUAGUGGGGCACUGCUAGCGUGCUCUAGGUGUCAGAUGACUUUAUAUUUUGCUUGUACAUGGGUUUUCUGUCGUUAUGGUCGGAGCUAAUGCACUCUUGCUAUGCUUUAUUACUUUAGUAUAUUUCCUGUCAUUAUGGUCUGAA